AACUGGGAGCGUUUUUCUGCUCAGCCUGUGCUCAAGUCGAGACUAUUUCUGGAGUUUACUUCCGCGUUGAUAAUUUUUUUCUCAUUAAACGGAGUAUUAAUGUCCUUUUGUGGACAACAGAAUAGCGGGCGCCGUAGUAAAUGGGACCAACCCGGCCCCGGGUCGGGCUCCGGUGGGAUGGGGGAGUCCGAGGCUGCGCCCACCGGAGCUCUGGAUGCUGCAGCCGCGGUGGCCGCAAAGAUCAACGCCAUGCUGGUCGCUAAAGGGAAACUCAAACCCUCCCAAAUAGGAACGUCGGGACUGUUGGACAAGGUUGUGGGUGCUGGAAAGUCUGCAGUGCCACCAAAAACCAAAGACGAUUUGGUUGUAGCCGAAGUUGAGAUCAACGAUGUCCCGAUCAACUGUCGAAAUCUCCUGACACGCGGACAAACGCAGGAUGAGAUCAGCAAGGUGAGCGGAGCCGCAGUUUCAACCAGAGGUCGAUACAUGACAACGGAGGAAAAAGGCAAAGCGCUUCCAGGGGACCGACCUCUGUAUUUGCACGUUCAAGGACAGACCAGAGAGCUCGUGGACAGAGCCGUUAAUAAAAUUAAGGAGAUCAUUACAAACGGCGUGGUGAAAGCGGCUACGGCUUCACCGUCCUCCUCGUCUUUCUCCUCGAGUGGAGCUCCAGUCACAGUGUACCACCAGCAGAACCCCCCUCCACCCUCGCUGCCUGUCAUGACCAACCAGAAACCUCACUUCCAGUCAGGGAUGCAUUACGUUCAAGAUAAAGUCUUCGUGGGGCUGGAGCACGCCAUCGCAGGGUUUCCUGUCAAAGAGCGAGUGGAGGGCGUGGGCUGUUCGUAUCUGCAGCACAUUCAGGCUGAAACGGGGGCCAAAGUCUUCCUCAGAGGGAAAGGAUCCGGCUGUUUAGAGCCGGCUUCAGGACGGGAGGCCUUUGAGCCCAUGUACAUUUACAUCAGUCAUCCUAAGCCAGAAGGACUAGCAGCAGCAAAAACGUUGUGUGAAAACCUUCUUCAGACUGUCCAUGCAGAGUAUUCACGUUACCUUAGUCAAAUGAGCACGAUGAUGCCAGCACAGCAAGGCUUCACACAACCCCCAGUGGUGAAUGGGGUUCCUCCUCAGCCCCCGUACUACCCCCCAGCCGGGUACCAGUCGGGCUACCCCUUGCCUGUGCCCCCGCCUCAGCCCCAACCUGUUCCCCCACCGUAUAACGUCCCCCUUCCUAUUCCUCCAGUGGCACCAGCAGGUGUGCCAGCUCAGUACCCCGUUCGCCCUCCAGUCCCGGUUCCAGCCCCCGCCCCCAUUCCCGCUCACACUUUGGCUCCGGUUCCGGCCCCCACGGUGGCUCCUGGACCCGCGGCUAUUCUUCCCCCAACUCCGGCCCCAGAGAUUCUGCCACAGACUCUUCCUGCUGUCCAUUUUCUCCCCUCUGCUGCAGCACCACCCAAAGCUCCGCCUCCAGCUGCUCCCACCAGCCAACCACAGAAGAGACGCUUCACGGAGGAGGUUCCAGAUGAGAGGGACAGCGGCUUGCUUGGAUACCAGCAUGGACCCAUUCAUGUGACUAAUUUAGGUGCAGGCUUCUCAGUGGGCAGCCCAGAGUCUUCAGGACCCCCGUCACAGAGUUCCUCUGGCUUGGCGAGUGAGAGGAACAGUCGGCAGCUAAUGCCUCCACCCCCGACCAUGGCUGUGAACGGAGUCCGACCCAAAACGGAGGAGAAGAGGGUACCUCCAGCCCCUGUGGAGCCUGUAGUGAAAAGACUGCGAACAGGUCUGGUGGCGUACAGCGGCGACUCUUCUGAUGAAGAGGAAGACCAGCCCACCUCCAAAGUCUCAGGGCCAGGUAACCCCGGCAUAGCUCCCCCGACCUCAGCGUCUUCAGGGUGGACGCCGGGCUACCGCUGCCCUCCUCCACUGCCCCCCCGGGCCAAGACGCAACCACAGCAGCAGCCCAUGCCGUUCUGGAUGGCACCGUAACACAACAGCUACUAAAAAACAGAGAAACGUGUCAGUGCUUUGGAAGAGUCCUUCAGGAUGUUUGUUCACGUCCAGCUCAGGCCGUUGGCGCCUGUUGAACACGAGGAUGAUUCUGUUGAUUUAAACUAUUUUAGUGAAAAUCCUGUUUUGUACAAAUCCAGUUUUUGUUUUCUGUGUACACAUUGUGUAAAGAUGAAUUUUGGCAUACUCAUACUUGAUUAUAUUUUGUGUAGAUAAUCAAAUAAGGGACAUUUUUUCUUCUUUGUGAAAAUAAAAACUAACUUUUUUGUUGUUGUUGUGUCAUUGUACAUAAAGGGUAAAAUACAGGGCAGUUAUACUACAUAUUUUUUCCCCUCUUUGUUUUCAUUCUUUUUUUUCUCUUUGCAUUUCAUCCUUUUCUAAUUUUUGUUUUUGUACAGAUCAUAUUCAUGUUUUGUGUCCUUUUACUUCAAACAAAAAAAAAUAAACUUAAUUUAUUUGUG